UAUAUUCUUAAAUUAGCUCCCGAUCAAUCUAGCAGUUCUGAAAUGCUGCGCUGAGGCCUUCUAUCUUAUGAACUCUAGUUUUAUUUUAUCUGUGAUUUGAAUGGUGUUGUGGUGUUAUUAACUCUGUGCGUUUUCGUUAUCGUCAUUUGUGAACUCUUGUGCUGAAUUUUUUUGUGAUUAUGAAUAGUUUUUAAAGAAAAUGAUACUUCUGCUCAGGUUGAACAAACUUGAACACAAUGCACUGUCAAAUAUUUAUUUUGAUUUCGAUUUUGGAGAAGAAAACGUGUCAUGAAGAACCGCACAAAGAAGCUUGAAUUCUAUUUUUUAUAAAAAGAUUCUUUUCAAUUUGUAUCGGACCAAAGGAUCUUUGAUGUUAAACCUUCAAAAUAGAAUUAUUUUGCAUAAGUUAUUCCUUCAACUACUGCAAAAAAAGGUUACAAAAACUUCGAAACAAACUCCAACUCGCACAUCUAUUCAUUGGUCCUCAUCGAACAUCCCUUCGUUUCAUCAGUUGAUGCAAAUGGAAACAAGCAACGGCCGUUCAUAUGUACCCUUACCAAUUUAACACUAAUUACUCGAACAGCUGCCAUCCUUAUCCGUCAUUAUCAUCUUUCGUCUGCAGCGUUGGCGCUCGCAGUUCAAGCUAGUCAGCUAAGCACAAUCAUCUGACAAGUUUAUUGCCCACCAAUGAAGAUCUUCAACACGAGGACGUCGCUUCAUCUAAGAUUUGCAAGCAGUUUGGCCGCCAGCUAGUUGUCACAAUGACUGAUAACGAUUAUUUCUUACCCUUUCAAGGAGUCGGAUCUUUAUGUUUUUUAGAAACUCCGUCUUCAUCAAACAUGCUUGAACCAGUACCUCAGAGCUGCGAGUUACAAGCUAGGCUAUCAAGAUUUAGGUCUUCUUGCAGACGGAAUAUCUUCUGCAAGACUUUCAAGUCGGCGAAAUCAAGGUUUUAUUGUGAUAAUUUUUCUCUUUUAUUCUUAUUAAUAGUUAUGGUAAUGAAUACGAUAAGUGAGCCGGUGCAGGCAGUGAGACGGCCUGCUCGUGUGAACUCGCGUAAACUGCGAGUCGAUGGCAUCACCAACAACGACUACAGCAGAGAACGGCAGCGAAAGCAUAUCGUCGAAAACUCUAGCAUGAAAUUUAGCGAGAAUGGCGAUGAUGUCGAGAAUGUUCGUUUCUCCAACGAAAAUCACGAAUUAAACCUUCUCUUCGAACACUAUCUUAAGGAGCUGCAGCCAAGUCAAAGUGAAUCUUAUAACAAAGACUUUACCAACAAAACAGGUCUAAUUACCAGCGUAGACGUCGGUAUUUUACCUGAAACACUUUCUGAAAUGAACCAAACUUCUGCUUGGAAGAUUCCAUCAUCCGUGCCUGAUGUGAAUAAACUUCCUUCCAAUUCACUGUGGGAUUCAAGUCUACCUUUUCCUUCGAAGGAGUCUGAUGAACAUGAGUCUCCACAAAAGGUGAUCUCAGUGGCUCCCAUUCUCCCACCUAAAGAUCAACUUUACCACGACGUGUCUCAAAAUUUCCCCUCUACGGUUGUUCUUGACUUGACUGCUUUAUCGGAGUUUUUCCCCUUGUAUCGGGAGUUGGCUAGCGCCAUGCUCGAUGGCCAGUCACUCGACCGAGCCUACCGCGCGAUCCAAACCUCGUCUGCAAACAACGUCUUCGACGUGGCCGACGUCCUCCUUCCUGAAGGCAUCAGCAGGACCAAGAUCCAUGCCGCCAUUGCCAGCCUCACGACAGCCCUACAAGCCGUACCACCGUCACCACACCAUCGUACCACAUCACCACACCACCACAACACUUCACUUGGUGACACUCACAUCACAACCAAUCUGUACACUCAGCAAUUUCAAACCCCAGACACCACGUCAUCACACCACACCACCACACCACACCACACCACCCCACCACACCAUGGCACCUCCCGCCAAAUCGCAGACCAACAGACCGAUCCUGAAAGCGGUCGAGGCUUCAGUCUGCUAAAUCCCUUUG